AUGAACACGCUCAAAUGUGCAUUCGGAGUUUCGGCUGGAAACUUCUUGGGUUUCUUGGUUUACCAGCGGGGAGUAGAGAUAGAUAAAAACAAGGCAAGGGCGAUCAUCAAUGCCGAACCACCAAAAACCAAGAAGCAGCUUCAGAGACUGAUCGGUCAAAUAAACUUUAUGAGGAGAUUUAUUGCAAACACUGCAGGGCGACUUCGCAUUUGGAGUGCCUUGUUAAGAGGAAAAAAGACCGAUCAGUUCAUAUGGACGAGCGAGCAGCAAAAAGUAUUCGAUGAGUUGAAGGUAUACUUGGCUAAACCCCCAUUCAUGACUCCUCCAAAGCCGAAUAAGCCGCUGUUACUUUAUUUAUCGGCCGCGCAUGAAUCUUUGGGGUGUAUGCUCGCCCAAGAGGAUGAAGGGGUAGAAAGAGCGGUUUACUACCUGAGUCACGGUUUGACCGAUACAGAAAUCCGCUACACCGACAUAGAAAAGAUGUGCCUUUGUCUAUACUUCACUUGUUGUAAGCUCCGAUAUUAUUUGUUGCCAGUGGUAGUCUACGUUUUGUUCCAGACCGAUAUCAUCAAGUAUAUUUUGUCGAAACCAUACUUGAGAAAUCAGAUUGAGAAGUGGGCAAUUGCUAUGUCCAAAUUCACCCUGGUUUAUGUUCCUCAAAGAGCAGGUUUAGGGCAAGUUUUGGCCGAUUUUUUAUCUGAUCAUACUGGUAUCGCUAUUAAGGAAGAAACAGUUAGUUGCGUCGCCAUAACCACGUGGAGAAUGUGGUUUGACGGAUCUAAGACCAGUCAGGGGGCAGGAGCCGGAGUGCAUAUCAUAUCGCCUUUGGGGGCAUCUUACCAGUUGUCAUAUAAACUCCAUUUCGAGUGUACCAACAAUCAAGCGGAGUAUGAAGCUCUAAUAUUCGGCCUCGAGAUAUUGGGGACACUCUUUGUUUGUCAUCAAGCAAGUAAUUGGGGAAUUCAAGAUACAAGGCUAGAAUACACAAAAAGAGCUGACAAUUGUAUCGCCAAUGACUUGUCUCAACACGAUAGUGGUUAUAAGGUGAACCUUCAAUUCGAUGCAAUCGAGAGGGAGACGCCGAAUCUUCAUACUGGGGGCAUCACUGUUGAUGAAAUAGGUUUUUCUGUUUAUCAAUUAGAUGUAACCCAAGAUUGGAGGAUCGAAAUCCUGGGGUUGUUUGAGAAACCAGAUCAAACAAACAGAAGGCUAAGGACCUUGGCCCUGAAUUAUGUUGUUCUAGUUGGCGAGCUAUACAAGAAGGAUUUCGAAGGUUUAAUCUUUAGGUGCAUCGGCUCAAAGGAGGCAAUAUGGAACAAGACUACAUUAGGUAUGCGAAGGGAUGCGAAGCUUGUCAGAAAUGUGGACCGAUACAACAUGUGCCCGCCGAAGAACUUCAUUCCAUUAUCAAGCCGUGGCCAUUUCAAGGAUAGGCAGUCAAUCUCAUAG